AUGAGCUCCAUCUUCUCGGAGGUCCCCGAGGCUCCCGCGGACGCCAUCCUCGGCAUCUCCGUGGCCUACAAGAAUGACAAGAACCCUCGGGCUCUGAACCUUGGAGAUGGCAAGCCCCUCGUGCUGGAGGUUGUGCGUGAGGCUGAACGAUGCCUUCUGGACGACCCUAAGCAGGACAAGGAGUACCUGGGCCAGGCGGGGGUCCCCGCCUUCUGUCGGGGCUCGGCCAAGCUGGCUUUCGGAGAGGACAGCCCCGUGCUGAAGGAGGGCAGGAACGCCACCGUGCAGGGCCUCUCCGGCACCGGCUCCCUCAGGGUCGGUGCGGAGUUCCUUGCGGGCUUCUACCCUGGCGUGAAGCAGGUGCUGAUCCCCAACCCCUCAUGGGCGAACCACAAGGCCAUCUUCGAGGCCGCGGGGCUGCAGACUGCGCAGUACCGGUACUACAAGCCCGCCACGCGCGGGCUGGACUACGAGGGCCUGCUGGAGGACCUGGGCGCCGCGCCGCGCGGCGCAGUGGUGCUCCUGCACGCCUGCGCGCACAACCCCACGGGCGUGGACCCGACGCGCGAGCAGUGGGCCGGCAUCCUGGACGCCGUAAGGGACCGCGGCCUGCUCCCCUUCUUCGACUCCGCAUACCAGGGCUUUGCGAGCGGCGACCUGGACGGGGACGCCGCCUCCAUCCGCAUGUUUGCCGAGGCGGGGCUGGAGCUGCUGCUGGCGCAGUCCUUUGCCAAGAACAUGGGCCUGUACGGCGAGCGCGCCGGAGCGCUGACAGUGGUCUCCGCCGAUGCCGACACCUCUGCCCGAGUGGAGAGCCAGCUCAAGAGGGUCAUCCGCGCCAUGUACUCCAACCCGCCGCGCCACGGCGCCGAGAUCGUGGCGGCCAUUCUGUCCGACCCCGAGCUCUACGCACGCUGGAAGGCGGAGCUGAAGGGCAUGGCCGACCGCAUCAUCUCCAUGCGCGAGCACCUGCAUGCCGCGCUGAGGGAGCGGGGCACGCCCGGAACCUGGGACCACAUCCAGGACCAGAUCGGCAUGUUCUCCUACACCGGACUGACACGGCGGCAGGUGGCGGACUGCCUCACCGCCAAGCACCACGUCUACAUGACCCUGGACGGCCGCAUCUCCAUGGCGGGGCUGUCGCCGGAGUCGUGCAAGUACCUCGCGGCCGCCAUCGACGACGCGGUGCGCAACUACGCCGACUGA